AUGCAGACGCUAUCUGCACCAAAAUCACUUGGAGCAACCGUAUGGCACAGGAAACGCUUCGCGGCACAACCAAAACUUUGUCAUUUGCCAACGCGAAUCAGUGGAAAACCGCGCGUUGAAUCAUAUGCCGGAAAUCACCCAGCCAAUGCAGACGGUCUUGAUGCGCGCCCAACAUUCCCUAAUCAAAACAUCUCGCGCCGCGCUUUUGCUUUUUCGGGGGCCGUCUUUGUUCCGGUCAAGGCCGCGCGCGCUAUCGGAUUCACCAAGCAGUUGAAAAAAGCACAAGUUUCAGAGGAGGAUUAUGCGGUCUCUCAGCCCUUCCUGUUUCGGGCCAAAUCUCACGACGGAGUAAAAUAUUUUGAUACGCAACCUGGCAGUGGAGGGAAAUUGCAAUUGGGGAAUAUCGCAGUAGUUCACUUCACUUGCAAAUAUCGGGGUCUAACUGCCCUGUCUACACGCGAAGCACGUACACUAGGUGGAAAUCGGACGGUCGCUGAACCCAUGGAAUUUACAUACGGCGUAGUCCCUUCUGAAUUUAGCAAACCCCUUGUCCGCAAAACAGUUGUUGGAAUCGGGGCAGAGGUCAGGCUCGAUCCCGAACUUCAAGAGCUCUACAUCGUUAGCACUGUUUUCAAUGGACCAGCAGACCGAGCAGGUCUUCAAGUGAACGACGUGAUAGUGUCAAUAGAUGGUCUCCGAAACCUCGCGGAGUUGCCAAUCUCCAGAAUCGGGACCCUGCUCACAGGUGACACAGGAAGCACUGUUGAGAUCGAAGUAAAAAAACUGAAUGGACCGAUGCGAGGUACUUUCGAAAGAAUGAUUCUGACUCGACAGGCAACCACAGUUGUCGCCAAAAAACGCACCGUGAAUGUUGAAACAGGUGGGGGUCUAUUUGCUGGUACAAGCGGACCGAAGCCUCCUCCCAUAGUGUACAUACCCGAAGCUCUGGCUGGCAUGCGCACUGGAGGCCGCCGUGUAAUAAUCGUGCCUGCAGAUGUUGGAUACGAAGAUACGGGUGAAGGCGAAAUACCACCUGGCGCCGAAUUCAAACUGGAAGUCGAAUUGUUGGAAACUCGAAACGCUGCUUAGAAGGCCGUUUGAAAAGAUACCUUCGUAUCCCUUACCUUUGUAUCAUGGUCUUCCUCCGCGUCGAUGGAGAUGAGCGGUUCCCGCCGAAACUCAACUGAGCUCAGCACUGCUGAGCGUGUUCAGCGACAUGAGUUGCCUUUGCAUAGAAUGCAGAGUGUUUUCCUUUCAUACGCUCAAACAUGGUUUUAACAGGUUUCAAUUGAAACCUGCUACUGCAGUUAAUAAGGCGUGCUUGAAAUAGACCAAUUAUUGCUGUAAGAAAACUGACUCAACUCCUAAUGAUCAA